CACAAAUAAAAAGAAGUAAUUAAAGUGCAGUAUUGUAGCUUAAUUCAAUCACUGAUCGUCGAUCAUGGCGGGGAAGAUGAUAUUCUCGCCGCUUCCAGGCGGAGGGUACGUUCAGCUGCGGGAGGGCUAUUCCAAUAUGGACCUCCUCGCCGCCGUCUGUGGGGCUGUUUUGGAGCAGAUGGAGAAAACCCCUUACAGUAAUUCAUCUUCUUCCUCCUCCUCCUCUCCUACAUCGGUAUAUAUCCCGAGGAAGAAGAGGAGCCGUCCUAAUAGAAGUAGAAGGCAUGACGCAGGUUCCGUCUUGAAAUGUGGCCUCUCCGGCUUCAAAAGAGUGUCAAUAAUUGGAGGAGGUCCCGGAAAUAAGAAGAAAAGGGCGGCCAAGAAGCGGGUCGUCGACGACGAGAACCAGCAGCCGGUGGCGGUUGAGGCAGGGCCCAUGCCGGGGAGAUUCAGGGACGGAAUCCGUCAAAUUGCGGGCCCCGGCGCGGAAAUAGCGGAGGAGAUGCUGCUGAUCGAAAAGAAGAUAACGACGACCGAUUUGAAGCCCGGCCAAAACCGGCUGGCCCUCCCUGUGAAACAAUUGAGACGGACGGAUUUCUUGACGGCGGAAGAGGAGGAAAGGCUGGCCACGCGCCACAACAAUGGCAAGAAUGUGGGCUCACUCAAAGUGUCACUGAUCGGGGCCGUCAAUGGUGCAAUCGUAAAGCAGGAAGCUGACUUUCGGAGAUGGGUGAUGCCGAAGAAGAGCGGGAAAACCAGCGUGUCAUUAAUGGUGACCGGCAAGUGGAAUGAAAUUAAGGGCAGCUUUGGACUCGUCGUAGGUACAAAGGUCCAAAUAUGGUCCGUCCGAGUUGACCGCAAACUAUGGUUAUCCCUGGUUGUCUUGUAGAUCCAUCCAUGCGUACAUCUCCGGGUUUGGCCCGACCUGGCACGCCGGUGCCCUAAUCACUUAAUUAGUUAGUAAUUACAACUUAACACGGUCUCUAUCUGCGGGGUUGGUUUAUUGCGGGCCUUUGGGCAUGACCGCAUGAAGCAAAUGC